CUUAAUGGUUUUUACUGACCAACCCUCUUAUCAAAAGUCUUUGUGAUCCGUGCGAUCUGAUACAACCACCAUUAGAGAGAGAGAGAGAGGGGGAGAACUCCAUCCACUCCAGUAUUGUUGCUUGGCCCCGGUACUCUAGAGUCUGAGACCCUUUUGGUAGCCAUGGCUGAAAGUCUGCUGAUGAAGUCGGCACUCUCAUUCAUUGUUCUCCUCUUCAUCUUGUCUAAUCUAGAGGCCGAUGCCGAAGGAAAACCUCAUGGAUUCUCUAGGGUCAUAAGUCCGGCGGCAAUUGGACUCAAGGAGGAGAAGCUAAGCCACUUCCGCCUCUACUGGCAUGACAUAGUUAGCGGCAGUAAUCCUUCAUCUAUCAGAGUUGCAGCAGCGCCUAGCACGGACACAUCGCCUACUCAGUUUGGAAUUGUGAGGGUGAUCGAUGAUCCUUUGACAGAAGGACCAGAGCUGAGCUCGAAGCUUGUUGGACGAGCUCAAGGCUUCUACACCUCGUCGUCACAAAGUGAUCUGGGCUUGUUAAUGGCCAUGAAUUUUGCUUUCAUGGAAGGAAAGUAUAACGGGAGCACAAUAACCAUUCUGGGGAGGAACCACGUGUUCACCAAGGUGAGAGAGAUGCCGGUAAUCGGAGGAAGUGGGCUUUUCCGGUUUGCCAGGGGCUAUGCUCAGGCCAGUACUCAUACCGUAGACCUUAAGACGGGAGAUGCUAUUGUUGAGUAUAAUAUCUAUGUCUUCCAUUAUUGAUGUGUCUUGUCUUCCUCAACACUUUAUUUUCUUUCUCUGAGUUGUUCUGCAUGUUGUCUGCUCAGCCAGCUUGUAAUUCAUUGGUGUGGAGAUUCUAAUCAUGGCUGCCUGGUUCAUGGUUUUUUAAGCUGAUCAACAUAUAUAUUGCAAUUUGCCCAUACUUAUCUC